AUGUCGAAUGCUGCAGGCGUUCCCAUUGAGAUCGAUGAAGAUGAUGACCUUGAGAAUCAGUCGCCGACGGAGAUUGCGGACGAGGAGGAGGAGGAGAAGGACAACGACGAGCAGGGGGUGAACAACAACCUUGACCCUCGUGACGAUCCGGGACAAUGUGAAGGCGAACAGAUGCAGGUGGACCCCCAUCUAGGUGCUCUUGGUGAAGUUCGGGAUGAAGGUGUGCUUUUGGGUGGAGGGAAAGAGAAAAGAAAGCGAGGCCGUUGUCAAGUGAAGAAAGAACAAGGUCAUGAUGAUGAUGAGGACGAGGAAAGCCCGACGAAACGAGCCUCCACUGAUGAUGUAGCACCUGUAUCGGGACGUGAACUCCGAGAACUCCUUGCUCUACAUCUUCAAGAAAUGAAAGGACAAAUUGGAGGAAAGCUACAAGAAGUCCAGGUGGAACAACAACGACAACUCCAGGAGAUUGAGACCCUUAAGAAGAAGGCCACCAAGAAUGACAAGGAAAUCAAAGAGAACAAAGGACGCACGACAGCCAAUGAGAAGCACCUCCACGAUAUCAAGACCAAGGUCGAGCUCCACGAUGAUCGAAUCAACGAAGUCACGGCGUCAUUGGCGAAACUGCAGAGUGACCUCAACUCCAGGCCACAGGGGGCGACUUCUAACCCAGCUGGUUCACAUCAAGGACCUCCACUUGAUCCAUGGGCGAAUUGGAGACAGAACCAGGCCAACCUCCAGAAGAAGAACGGUCAUCUCCCGCGAACUCAAAUGGGCGACUUUGAAGAGAAUGGCCAAUUGUCGGAGGAAGAGAAACGAACAUUGAUCGUUGGAGGCUGGGCUCAGGACACCAAGAAAUCAGUCAUCGAGAUGGAAUCUCGCGAACUACUUGCCCGUGAUGAGCUUAAGGACUUGGUUGACGCCCCCGUACUUACAGUAUUUGGUCCCCGACGCAGCGUGGGUAACCUUAAGUUCGAUUACCGGGCGAACGAAAGCUUCCAAGGCCUCCGAGAGAGAAUGUGGAAAACCAUGAAGGCCAUCCGGGAACUUGCCAUCCACUUCCAAAGUGCUAAGGAUGUUCCGGGAAGCAAACCGGCUUGGGCGAGUUUCGUGAAAACAAAGGAGGCGAGGAGACGAACCAUGCUGGUAAGGCAGGUGAGGCGAGUGUGUAUUCAGCUUGCCAUGGAUGCCACGUCGGACCAGGGCGGCCCUUCCAAACCAGCAGCGAUCAAUGCGGAGAGCUACGACACUGACUGGGGCAACGGGACGGUGUGGCAUGAAAGCCACAAGCUUGCUUCAGCGACUCACCGCCAGCCAACGCCCAACACUGCGGUAAUCUUGAUGCCUGGUGGAUGGGUGGACCUCAAAGCGGUGAUGGACGUCACAGGAUGCAGCGAGACAGAGGCACGCAGAUGGAAUGAAGACAGCGAUGGCAUUUUCUAUUGGCUACAUCAUCGGCACGACAAACAGUAUCGUGGUGUGGCCAUUGGCUUUGCUCACGAUUUGUUAGACUGUGUCAUAGAGAAGGUUGCAUGCGAACGUGGUAUCUGGGUCCUUGCGCGCAUCAGGGGCUUGGGGCGAGUUGUCUUUGGAAGUCUGCAUGCACAUACAGGAGUUACGCACGCCGUCUACAAGGAGGCGGUACAGGACUUCUUCGCAAAGUUCAAAAGGAAGUGGAGACAAUGGCCUGUGAUCUUGGGAGCGGACGUCAACGAACAACCAACCUGGGAUCCACAAGAUGACGGGGGCGUCAACGUCAUUGAUAUGAGCCUCAAUCUUCAGUGCUUCAUGCACGAAGCGUCCGCCAUUGGUCUGCGAGCGAAUGCACCUGGGGAAGAUCAAUACGUGACUCCAACGCACUACCCACGAGAUGAGACCAGAAAUGGCAGACAGAUAGAUAUGAUCCUUUGCAAGCACGUGGUGAUGGAAAAGGUGAUGAUCUACCCUGAACUUCGCCAUUGUGUUGGGACCGACCAUGCCUGUCUACAAGCCCUUCUUCCUCAACGACGUGCUGGACGCCAACCUUGGGGUAACGAUUCGCGGCCUCGCAAACUCGUUGCUGAAGUUGACCCGCAGGAGAUCAUCGUCGACGUUGAGGAUGUAUGCAGAUUGGCCAAGCAACACACAGCUCGCAGCACCAAUGACAAAACCGUCUGGAAGAAGAUCCACAAAGUGACGAAGAAAGUCCAACUGCACCUCGAGGAGAAGCUCGUCGACAAGAGUGUUGCUGAUUGGAGUGAGCAGCUCCGUGAACAAAUUCAGACAGUUCCCCUGCCGGCGGAAUUUGUUCCCGCUACCCGUGAAGAGAUCUGCGAGGAGGUCAACAAGAUGAAAAGGAACGUCUCGGUUGGGCCCGACGGGGUGAGUGUCGACUUUCUGGUACAUCUCCUAUAUCAGCCCUCGCUUGGCCAGCAGCUCACCGACCUGGUGAAUCAUAUCAUCCGGACCAACGAGCAACAGGAGGAAUGGAGGGCGUCAUUUCUGGCUCUGCUCGCCAAAUGUACGGUGCCCGAAGAGCCACGGGAUCUCCGACCUAUCUGCAUGUCCUCGUCCUUUGCGAAGCUGGUCAACCGGGUGAUCAUUGGGCGACUUUUUCCAACGUUGAGGAGAGGUUCAAAAAUUUCAUCUUGCGGGAGAGGACGACAAUCGGCCGACCUUAUCGGUAGCCUGUCUAGGGUCCGCGAUAUAGUUCGGGAGUGGGACGAGAGCAUCUUGGUCACCAAGCUCGACAUUGCGGGCGCCUUUGACAAGAUUUCUCGCCAGAAAGUUGUUGAUCUGAUCCUGCAGAGAACCUCUGGAUCCCAGUUGGGAUAUGAAGUCAGAUAUCUGCUUGGACAACUCGAUGUCUUUGAGCUCCAGGGAAUGGUUCCUGGGGGUGAUAUGAUCUCGGUGAAAGCGAGUUCAGGCAUAAAACAAGGAGCACCGGAGUCGGCUGAGCUGUUCGGGAUCAUAAUGGGAUGGUUGCUGGAGAUGGCCAUGGGGAAAUCAUCGUGGAAAGCUAUGGGUGCUCCGUUCGCUGACCUCGACCUUGAGCUCAUGUACUUCCAGGAUGAUGUGUUCCUUUUGGAAACAUCCGCAUCUCGUGUCGCUAGGAAGAUUGCAAUGCUGAGGGAUGAACUGGCAUCAGCUGGACUACAUCUUGCGAUGAACAAAACCAAAAUCAUUGCAUCGCCUGCGUACCGUGGUAAAAUGUCUGUGCUCAUCGGGGACCAGUCAGUAGAAAUUCACAAAGAUGAGUCAGUGCGGGCACUGGGGGUGUCGUUUAACUUUUCGGCUCCUGUCAGUCAGCAAGCUCAUGAACUUCUGGGGAGAGCGCGCGCUGCCUUCGCCGAACAUCGUGAAUUGUUGACGGCCCCAGGCUCCUGGGAGAAAAAACUCAACCUAGUGGAGACGCUUAUCAUGUCCACUUGGCGCUGGUGCGCUGGAGCAGUUCACUGGCCCAAAGAGUGCUUGGCGCAGGCGAACACAUUACAGUCCCACAUCCUGCGCACUGCAUUUGGCUUGAGGCGUAAAAGAGACGAGGACUGGGUGACCUUCAACAGUCGAACAAUGCGAUUCAUUCGUCAGUUUUUGGUACAACGCCAAGUACCGAGGUGGAGCUCUGUCAUCUUACGUCUCCAGCAUGCACUACAUGGUCAUUGGGCACGUAGGGUCGAGACUAUCGGACCACAUGGCGAAGUUUGCCCUAACAUCACCAUGAGGGCGAUCAUGUGGAGGGAUCUGCGUUGGUGGCGAGGAGAACAAGCCAAAAACACCACGGGACGCAAACACCCCAAGCAGUUUUACGCAUGCAACCCGGAACGGAACAUAGCUGAAAGUAUAGGCACGACAUGGGCGAAUAUCGCCCUGGAUCGAGCGAGAUGGAGUGCCACGCUGUCUGACUUCUUGAACAAACAGGAUGUCCGAUGGUGUCGCGGGAGACAACUUUCGAUUGAGCAAUAG